CUGCUAUGAGUAAUCUUAGGUCAAAGAGUUCGAAACUCUCUGGCUGCCUCCGCCCAAUUUUCGAUAAAACGGACACCUACGAGACACGGUUCAAUUUUCUAAGGCAGGAGAAAAAAUGGGCGCUGAAGAAGAGAAACUGGAGGUGAAACUAGAGGAAGAAGAGCAAUCACGUCCCAAUAGAAACCCUAACCCUAAUUCCAUCUCUCAAGAUCAGUUCCUAUCCUGGAAGCGACACAAGGAAGUUGGUGAUUCUUCAAGAAAAGAAGAAGCUGCUAGAAAGCGAGCAGAAGAUGUUAUUGCAGGAACUGUACCAAUGAAUGGUCGGGAACUCUUUUUGCAUGAACCUUGGGUAUUUGACAACUCUCGAUAUUAAUCCAGGUAUUGCUCAGGAAAGUUAAAUUUGCUAAUCUCAUUUGGUGGGUUCUUAGCUGUAUGUAAACUGUGUUGCAAAACGAGGUUUCAUUUUCUUUUUCUUGUUUACGUCUUCUUCUUUUUUUUUGGCAUGAUAUCACCUUAGGAACCUCUGAGAUUCUGUAAUUAAAUUUAGGAAACGUAUCCAGUAUCCAGUAAUGCACCAGAUGAUUAAAAUGAGAUCACAUUCUUUGGGUCUUCAUUUAGAUGUGCUACCAUGAUGUAUGAUUAUCCUUCUGAUAAACUGCAAAGUUUCUUAAUUCUAAUUUCUUAUAGGAA